AUAUUGUAUUAUAUGCAGCAAUCAUAAACAAUUCUCAACUAUUUAAAUGGAAAUUAUCUACUCACAAGCAGCACUGAGAAUCAAAUCGUUACUCUAGAAUUCGAUUCUCAAUAUUAUAACCCUUGUUUUUACUUUUUGCAUUACUAAUUGUUUAAUCAUCUAAAUAGCACUAGGUAUUAAAUACAGCUAUUACUUAUAGACCACUCCUAAUAAUUGACUUAGAAUACAACUUUAGAUCAUAAUGGAAGAACGUCUAUUCUAAUAUUGAAUGUUCAGAGCAAAAUGGAUUCAAGAAAUACGUGAAUAAUGUUUAUUUCAUCAGCAAGGAGGAAUCUUUGGUUAAUGUUUUGAAGCAAAUAGUCACAGAUAACAUUAAAAGCAUUGAAGUUUUGAUUUCAGGAUUGGAAUUGGCUGAACAAUCGAUUUAUAAUACAGUAAGGGAAAUUCUGAAAUAACCCUUUCGAUCUCAGAUUAGUUUAUUGAUGCCGAAGGAUUUUAAGCAUAAGGACUUAAAAACGAUUUAGAGUAUUUCAAAUUGUAGAAUGAUAAUUGAAUAAUUGUUGGAGAGUGAGGAAAAGUUGUAAAAGAAUGAGAGGGAAUUUAAAAUCUAUAAUUUGUUGGUGAUGAUGGUAUUAAAGAAGUCGAAUGGGCAUUCCUUUUUAAAGAAUUACAUCAUUGAUGGUAAAGAGUUGUUGAAAACGAAAUUAAAAAUAAAUAAAAUAAAAAAGGAGAGUCAAAAGGAUGAGCCAUUGGAUGUGACCAAGAAGAUUGGUGCAACAUUCAAUUUGAAUUUGAGUUAGGAAUAAAAAUUGAUGAAGAGUGAGAUUGAUAAUUAAAUAAAUCCGUACAAGGAGGUAAUUUCUUAAGAGAAUGCCCCUUUGAUCUAUCAAAAUGAGGGAGAUGAGAAGAGGAUAAUCCUGGAUGACGAGCAGGAGGAUUUUGAGGAAGUGGAGGAGUAUGAAGGAUGA